AUGAUGGCGGCGGUGGGGCGUCCCGCGUUGUUUGUGGUGGCCGUCGUGCUGUGCUGCGUGUGUGGCUGUGCAGCGACGCCUGCUGUGGGUGACAGAAAGCAGAGGAAGGAGGAAGUGGCGCUUGACCUGAAACAGGCGAAGGGGAAGGUGGACCAGACCAGGAAUGCGUUGAAGGAGGCCAAGAGUAAAGUGGACGCGAUCAACAGUGCAACGGAGCAAUUCAAGGCUGCGGCGGGAAAGGCGUCAGAAGCGGCAGCUGCACUUGAUCACAAAGUGAAGGCGGUGGUCAAUAUUGAGCAGAACAAUAUUGCUGCGGUGUCUGACUUGGCGAAAACCGCAAUGAACACCGCUAAGGCGUCUCACGAAUCAGUUGCUUCAAUCGGAAAUGAGGUUACGAAAGCAGUGGAUGCAACGGCUACGGCAAGGAAAUUGUUAGCGGAAGCGCAGGGGCUGGCUCGCAGUACAGCGGCCGAACCGGUUGAAGGUAUCAGCACGGAAGCCAAGCUUGCACAGGACGCAUUCGUACAAUUAUCAGAAAUGCUGACGGCACUGACACAAACCCAGAAUAGCGCUGGAGAAGCAAAAAAGGCUGCGACGACGAGUGACGAUGCUUUAAAAGCAAGUAACAGCGCAAAGAAGGCGUACGAUUAUGUCAAAGAUAAGAAUCCCAGUACACCGUCAACUUUGACCGAAGAUCUGAAGAAGGCUGUUGAAGAAGCUGUAAAAUCCGCAAAGGCUGCAGUGGCAGACGCGGCGGCGGCUUCAAGUGCUGCCACCGAGGUAUCUAAACACGCUGAAAAAGCCGUCAAGACCGCUGAAUCACAGCUCGGGCAGAUCGAAGCUGCGUUGAAGGAGCUGAAAACACCAGAAAAGGAUCCUGAGGAUUCAACGGAGGAUCCUCAGACUCCGUCACCGCCACCUUCAGAACCGUCACACGACGAGGCACAGGGCCAGAGUCUCCAACAGGAUCCACUGAGCACUACUUCCACUGGUGAGAAGCCUUCUGAUGAACAAGACGCUGGCACUACGACGACCGAUACAGAGAAGUCCUCAUCAGUACCAUCGGAACAGAAGACAGCCGCAAAACCCAUGAAAAGCAAUGCAAACAACCCCCUGCAGGGCAUCCCUAGCGCGGACACCAGCGCCAGUCCUUCGUGGGUGCGUACACCGUUGCUGCUGGUGGUUGGUGUGCUGGGCCUCCUGGCUGUGUGCUGA